AUGGUGGAUAUUAUCAGAACGAGCCCGGAAGGCCACCAGGAAGUCAAGACUGGGUUAGGAUGGCGAAAGGUUCUAACGGCCGAUAGUAACGCGGCCACAACAGAUCUCCCUGUCAUUGAUAUCCAGGACAUUUCACAUCCGAAUCUAAAGCAUCGGAGGAGAGUCGCCAAAAGCAUAUGUGACGCUGCUAUUAAUUCGGGGUUCUUUUAUAUCAGAAACCAUGGUGUCCCAGAGGAUGACGUUGAAUCCAUCUUCAGAGAGGCUAAACGCUUUUUCCACGACUUAACGCUUGACGAAAAGAUGGAGUUCAACACAGAGAAGCAUAAGCACUACUACGGCUAUUAUCCGAUUAAUCUUGAUCCAAACAUACCUGCUGGCGCUAGAUCAGAGCUGAACGAGGGUAUCAACUACGGGUAUGAGCCAUCUAUUGACCCCGAUGCAGCCAGUCAACAAAAUAACGGCGAUAACUGGUGGCCUUCGAAGGAUCGUCUUCCAGGCUACGAGGAGAAUGUGAAGAAAUAUAUGUCUCAUAUGCUCAGACUGAGCCGAAGUCUGCUUCGAAUGUUUGCCCUUGGCCUUGACCUAGAUGAACAUACAUUCGAUUAUUUGGCUACGCAGCCGUAUUCUAUCCUUAAAAUGGGCCAUUAUCCCGGCAAACUAUCUGGAUCAGAUGAACCGUCGGCCAUCAGACCUCAUACGGACUACGAGCUACUGACGGUAUUGUUACAAGACGAUAUCGCCUCCCUUGAAGUGUUAUCGAACACUGGCCAAUGGAUUCAAGCAAAACCCGUCCGGGGUACAUUUGUGGUGAACAUCGGAGACUCAAUGUCGAUGCUCACAAAUGGUCUUUUUGUGUCGACGAUGCAUCGGGUGAUCAAUAGCUCGAGGAAAGAUCGAUACUCCGUGCCUUUCUUCCUUGGUGCGAACCAGGAAGCCGAACUCAAAGCGCUCGAUCGAUUUGUGACGUCUGAACAACCAGCAAAAUUCCAGGCCAUGACGUCCGGAGAAUAUGUCCGUCGGUCCCUGCAGGCUGUCUACUCGAAACCGAACACCGAAAUUGUCUACGAAACGAUCGAGCUCCGUAUGUGA